GGGCAGUGCGCCUCCGCCGGCCGCACGAUGAGGACGCACCUGCUGCUGCUGACCGGUCUGCUGGCCGCCGCUGGCGCCGAGUCGCCCCCCGACCGGCUGCUCACUCUGCGCGGGCCCGAGUCGCUGCGACCGGGCCCGGGUGCCGGUGGCGAGGACCCGCCGCGGCCCCCCGGACCCCGGGCACCAGGUGGUGAGGAGCCGGGCUGCACUCCCGGCACCUGGACCUACGACGGCUGCAACGCCUGCCGAUGCACCCAAGAACGGAAAAUACAGUGCACCAGCAACGUCUGCAGGGAACCGCCCGCAGCCUCCUGCCAGUACGGGCGCACCUACCUGGACCAGUGCGAUAACGUCUGUUUCUGUGACAAGUUUGGCGCAUACCAGUGCCGGCCGCGUGGCACACCCGGCGGAGGGAUCUGCCACCACGACGGCGUCACCGGAAAGCCCACGCGCUGCGAGCAGGAGGGCCUCAUCCGCGUCGAGGCACACACACACUUCUUCUGCCAGGACGGCAUAGUGCACUUCGAAUACGUGGAGGAGGACGGCUUCCGCUGCAAGGUGGGUGCUAUCUGGCGGGACCGGUGUAACACGUGCAGGUGCAGCACACCCGAGGGGUCGCCCGCCUGUACGCUGGCGGGCUGCAUAUCCACCGGGAUACCGUCGCCGCGCGCGCCACGGCCGGCGCCUCUCGAGUUCGGAGACGUGGUGGUGCCCGACUACGAGCCGUGUCCCGCCGGCUUCGUCGCCGCCCCCGGCAUGCUCGGCGUCAAAAUCUGCAAGGCGGCCGGCUGCACGCCGGGCGUCGAGUGGAACCUCAGCUCGUGCGAAAAGUGCGUGUGUACUCGAACCGGCGAGCCUGCCUGCACGUCGUGCAUCAGGACCAGGAGCGAUUCGAAUGUGAUGUGCGACGAUAAGCGGCCCACGCGCGGUGGAGAGUGCGGGGUCGACGACUGCGGCGAGCGAUACAACCCCCAGCGCGACUGCCUCCAGUGCUUCUGUCUCGAGGGCAAGCCGGACGACGUUUCGGCCGGCUUCAACGAGCCGUGUCCGCCAGGCUUUGACCACCGCACCAGCUUCCUCUACUUCCGCAAGUGCGGCCCCAUUGAUGAUCUGCCCACUGGCGACUUUGUGGACUGCAGUCCAGGCAGCGGCUGCCCGGCGAAGUGCGAGUUCGUGCGCCGGUCGGAUAACGGCUGCGUCUACUGCCUGUGUGAGGGGCGCGAGCUAGUGCCCGCUGCUGACCCGUGCCCGCCACCCAAAGUGGAGGGCAACAUCCGCGACGGCAACAAGAUCUGCAAGCCGGCCACCCGAGAAGAGUGCAGCGGUCCCGGCACCGAGUACCAGGUGGGCUGUGACCUCUGCGUCUGCCAGGAGGGCGGUGUGCCCGCCUGCACCCACAGACAGUGCGACACGACCCCAGAGGAGCAGUCCUGCCAAUACGGGACCUUCUUCGUAGACGAGUGUAACGCGGUGUGCCGCUGUGUCCGCGGACGGUACGCCUGCGGCCGGCGCGGCUGUCCGCCCGGUCGCACCUCGGGAAAGCCGCUCACCUGCCCGGCACAGACCCGCGAGCUGCCCAGGAUCCGCGGACUGCGCGUCUUCUGUCACAAGGGCGUCGUCAAGGCCCAGCUUAAGGACGAGCGCUGUAUCGAAAAUUCGCGGUUUAUGGAUGACGAGUACUGCAAUUGGUGCGGGUGCCGCGGCGGCCGUCCGGUCUGCACCAAGAUGGGAUGCGUCUCCCGCCGGCCCCAGCUGCCCUACGGCGACGAGCCGAACCGGCCCGGCCAGUGUCCGUGGACGAUUGUGGACAUCUAUUACAGAUGUAACUACAACAAACAGUGUGACGACGACCGACUCUGCCCGCCCGGCCACAAGUGCUGCAGGGAGCAGCUACCAUGUGGCCAAAAGUGCCGGCCGGCCUGCGCGCCGGCCUGCGCGCCCGGCCAGCGCUGCCAGACGGUCUAUCUGGACCUCGAGGAGGAGCGGGCCGAGUGUGUGCCGGUCAGCAACUGAACGGUGCAGCGGCGCGGCCGGUGCAGAUCGGGUCUGAGGUCCGGCUAGCCGACUACAGAUCGGGUCUCAGGUCCGGCUAGCCGACGACCGUAAUCUGAUAUUUUCACUGCACUGUACUAUACUGUCAAGCUAGCCGAAAUGAGCGCGUUCGUGCUUGGAUGCGCUCCUAUGCGUUCAGCGUCAAUAAUUGUUGGUUUUAACUGCGCACGGGCUGCACAGUGCUGUACCUAGAUCAUAUAAUGCUAUUGUGUUCCAUCGGAUGAAAGGGAUUCCGGACUUGCAAAAUGAAUUGCUUUCUGAAUCUCGAAUCUGCAAUACCGAAAAUACAUGCUUUGAGCGACA